GUGGUAAGUGCCUUGUUGGCCUUUUUAUAUUUCCAGAAUAAACUUCAACCAAUAGUUAGCUCCUACUAUACUAGCGCCUUGAAUCUAGAUUACCAAUGUUAAACAUUCGUUGAAGAAGUACUGUGAAGUAUUCGAGGCAUUAUGAGUACACCUGUGAAGAGGUCCGUAACGCAGAACAACUCGACCUCAGUUCGCAGUCGCCUCAAUGAGCAGCUGUCCCGUCUCCAGGUGAAGCACAAUGCAGAGGUGGAACUGAUGGAGGACAUCAAGACCUUCACCAAGCAGAGGUCACUACUGGACAAACAGUACGCUGAGAGCUUGCAAAGGUUGGUCAGCCAGUUCUCAACCAAAAGGGAGAUCAAGACACCCCCCGUAGUCGCAGGCAUGGACAGAAUGGAUAACAGGGGUGUGAUGGAGGUGUGGAAGAUGAUGUUGGACAAGACGGGGGAGCUGGCUAAGUAUCGGCUCACCAACUCUGACUUAUUGCUCAACAAGGUCUCAGAGGUCAUGAAACAGCAGCGCAGAGUGAAAGAAAACUCUUUUAAGAGACUGAUAGAGAUAGCGCAGAAAAUGAACAGUGAACUGCUGGACAGUGUCAAAGAAGCCACCACGGCUAGGAAAUCUUAUGUUGAGGUUGAGAAAGUGGCGGAAGAUGCCAGGGCAAAGUUUUCUGAAGCCGAGGCCAAACUCCGCAAAAAAGGGCUUAAAUUCUACGAGUCUGUGUCUGGGGUAGAGAAGGCACACAAGAAAGCGUCCGACAGACUCAAGUCGUGUCAGAAGAGGACCUCUGUUAAUAGAAAUGACUACCUGUUGUGUGUGGAGACCACCAAUGCCCACACAAAGAGACACUCCUCCAUUGACCUACCUGAAAUCAUGACGGCAAUGGAUGGUGAUUUUUACGACAAAGCCAGAGAAGUGUACAUGUUUUAUGCUCAAAUAGAAGCUGACACAGCAAGUAUGAUUAAGGCUGAGUUUGAAGAUUUAAGAGAUCAAUCGUAUCUGGUGAAUCGUGAGUACAACUUGCAGUGCUACCUUGAUGGCUCCCCAGUACUGAGGGAGGCUAUAGACUAUGUAUUUGAGCCGUACGGACAGGACAAGGUGACUGUCCUCAGCAGAGACCACGGGGCGGAGAUCUUCCUCGAUAAGGAUGCUAGAAAGUGGGCCACUAUGCUUGUCAAGCAACAGAAUGGGAUAGCACAGAUAGACAAGCAGGUCAGAGGAUUGAAGUCAGUCACAGCUGCUUAUAUCAAGACACCUGAGUUUGGUACAUCUGAAUCGUUCACCGAAGCCCAACAGAAUAUUGAGAAUCUCAAUGAGGAGAUACGGCAGCAUGAAGUGCACAUCACCAAAGCGGAGGCCAGACUGGCAGUGCUACGGGGGGUGGGAGUGGAUGUGGCCAAGUGGCUGCAGAAGGCAGGGGACAGUCAGGACAAGCACUCUGACCUUAGUUCUGUAUCCAGCCUCGGUCUCGCCCCCAGCCGCCUGUCCCAACUUUCUGUACAAGACUAUGGCUCCCAGGAAUUUGAUGUGGAGACUUCCUCUGGUCACGGGCAGGACCUGGACGCUGUCAGUAUUGGAUCCAGGACCUCUGAGCAAGCACCCAAGCUUGCUGUAGCUCUCUAUGACUACACGGCUCAGCGGUUUGAUGAGUUGAGUAUCGUGCAAGACGAGGAAAUAGAGAUUGUAGAGUGGGACGAUGGUGAUGGAUGGUGCAAAGGUCGUAACAAGGCGGGCAGUGAGGGAUUCUUGCCCCAUAGCUACCUCCAGGCUCGUACUAGCGGAACUAGUCGAUCUUCCUCACCACACAUUUUCAAUGGCGAGAGAGGUCCAGAAAAAACUUUGGCUAGUGGAUUGCUAUCUGCUAGUCCUCUGGUGAAAGAACCAGCUGCUUCUGAGAGACAGCCUCGUGUGACAGCCAUCUAUGAGUAUACUGCCCAGUUUGACGAAGAGCUGUCCUUCCCUGAGGGGGCUCUGAUAGACCUGCUUCGUACUGACGAUAAUGGGAUCGAUGAUGGAUGGUGGGAGGGGCAGUAUCAAGGGAGAGUGGGUGUGUUUCCCUCAGUCGUCGUGGAACUACUCAGCGAUGGAUGCGCUACUCCUCCGAAUGGUAUUCAUGAUGCCACCCUAAUAGCAGAGAGUCCAUCAGGUGGAAGUGCCCCCCCUCCCCCAGACUCGCCACCCCCCUUACCCCCAGACUACCCCCCUCCUGACAUCACAAUGGAUGAGCUGAGCACGGGUUCGGUUGGACCACCCCCCAUCCCUGUCGAUGAUGCUUACUCUAGCAUGGCUAUUGAUGGUACCCCCUCACUGACUAUUCAGAAUCCAACCCCUGAACCCGAAGAUAGGUAUUGGAGAGAAGACUCUUUUGAAGAUUUUGAAGUUGUAUGAAUAUUUACUUGUGUAAAAGUUGCUCAUCAAUAUUUUUGUGUUCUUGUAGACUGAGUGUUUAUUUUC